UACAACAGUACGUUUAGAUUAAGAAAUACUUUCGUUGAGUGAACACCAUGUCAGGUUCAGAAAAAAAAGAAACAAUUGAAGAGCAACCAUUAAAAGAGAAAAAUAACGAAAAAGUUGAAACUGAACAAGAAGGUUUUAUAUCAAAGCUAUGGAGGAUAAAGUCAAAUAUUACUGUAGAACCCAUGUUAGCGGGGCUAAUCAUACCCUCAAUGCUGGCCAGGUUGGCGAUACAGAAUUUGAAUUUGGAUAAAACGUGUCGAGUCAAACUAAACUUCAAUGAAACUAUUUGUGAUGCUCUGAUCGAUAAGAGAGGAAACUUGACGGAAUACGAAGGUGAUGUGCAGAAGAUCAUUUCUAAUAUAGAAUCAUGGAAGAGUGUGAUACAAACGUCGAUUCCAACCCUUCUAGUGCUGUUCAUGGGAGCUUGGAGCGACAGGACGGGAAACAGAAAACUGUGUAUCUUACUACCAAUCUUUGGGGAGUUCAUGGUGUGCAUCAGUAAUUUGUUCAGCACCUUCUUCUUUGAAGAAAUUGGUGUUGAAGUGACAAUGUUCUUUGAAGCUUUCUUCCCGGCUAUCACUGGCGGUUGGGUUAUGGUUUAUCUUGGAGUUUUCAGCUACAUAAGUGACAUAACUGACGAACAAUCCAGAACAUUUAGAGUGGGUCUCGUGAAUCUUUGCAUGACUGCUGGGAUUCCUAUAGGAACGGCCUUGAGUGGGAUCCUGUUAAAGGUACUAGGGUACUAUGGUAUCUUCAUAAUUUCGGCAGUCAUUUAUACAAUGACGUUUACUUACGGAUUUAUCUAUUUGGAGAGUAAUACUAAACCACGCCAGGAUAAGGAUGAGAAGGUAAAGCCAAUAACUUGUUCUGACAUGGUGACAUUAGUGAAAGAAACAGGAGAUGUAGCUUUUAAGAAGAGGGAGACAAACUUCAGAAAGAAAAUCAUCAUGACACUGCUGGUUGUAGCCAUAGUUUAUGGUCCUAACCAUGGUGAACACAUCAUAACGUACAUGUAUCUCAGGUACAAGCUGAAAUGGGAUGCUCUGAAGUAUAGUUUAUACUCCACUUACAGCAUCAUCACACAUUCAUUGGGUGCAUUAUUCUCUAUCAGCGUGUUCAGCAAACGCUGGGGCUUCCACGACUCCAUGCUGUGCCUCAUCUCCAUCGUCAGUAAGCUGGCUGGCUCCAUACUGAUCAUCUUCGUGCAGACUGAUCUUCAUAUGUUCAUGGUUCCUUUGAUUGAGAUCUUGAACGCGACUACGUUCACGUCUCUGAGGUCAAUGGCAUCGAAAUUGGUACCUAGUGAGGAAAUGGGUAAAAUGAACUCCCUCUUCAGUCUAGUGGAGACGCUAGCAGCCUUGAUGUUCGACCCCACAUACUCGAAGCUUUACUCCAACACCAUCACAGUCUUCAGUGCCACUGUGUACGUGUUCAGCGCCAUCAUGACACUGCCUGCUAUUGGGAUGCUCAUAUGGUUUUUUGUCCAGCACAGACGAGAGACGGCGCAGAAGAAACGGCAAGCUAAAGAUGUUGAAACUGUAUACGAAAGUGUUCCUGAAAAAGAAAAGGAUGGAAAAUAAAUUGUUCAUAAUAAC